UAUGGCUGAUACCAUGUCGGAAGCAUAAGUAAUGUUCUGUUAUACAUGUGUAACUGACGUGUUUGGAGAUAAAAUAUUAUUCGUUAUUCGCGAACAGCUGCGUUGACAUUAUGAGUUGUGCAUUUUGGCGGCGAUGAGUGGCGCUCGCGCGCGGUGAGGCGGGGGCCGAGGCCGGCGCCAGAGGGCCGAGGUGAGGCCAGAGCCGGGCCGGGCCGCGAGGGCCGGGCCCAGCGGCCGCCGCAGCCAUGCUCAUCAAGGAGUACCGCAUCCCGCUGCCGCUCACCGUCGAGGAGUACCGUAUCGCGCAGCUCUUCAUGAUCGCCAAGAAGAGCCGCGAGGAGUCGAAGGGGCAGGGCAGCGGUGUGGAGAUCCUCGUCAACGAGCCCUACACCGACGGUCCGGGUGGCAGCGGCCAGUAUACGCACAAGAUCUACCAUGUGGGCAGCCACUUACCAGGUAAUGGGACGAGCCUGCUGCCCAAGUCUGCGCUGACGGUGGAGGAGGAGGCGUGGAACGCGUAUCCCUACACCAAGACGCGCUACACCUGCCCCUUCGUGGAGAAGUUCCUGCUGGAGAUCGAGACGUAUUACUUUGCGGACAACGGCCACCAAGAAAAUGUGUUUCGCCUCACUGGCGGCGACCUACGCAACAGAGUCGUGGACCUCAUCGACGUGGUGAAGGACCAGCUGUACGGCGCAGACUACCUGCGCGAUGAAGACCCCAAGGUGUACGUGUCGCAGAAGACAGGCCGAGGGCCUCUCGCUGACUCCUGGUUGGACGACUACUGGCGCGAAUGUCAGGGCCGGGACAUGCCGCUGCCCAACGGGAAGUCCAUCAUGUGUGCCUACAAGCUGUGCCGCGUCGAGUUCCGCUACUGGGGCAUGCAGACCAAGCUGGAGAAGUUCAUCCACGACGUGGCGCUGCGGAAGACAAUGGUGCGUGCGCACCGGCAGGCGUGGGCGUGGCAGGACGAAUGGCACGGGCUCACCAUGGACGACAUCCGCGCCAUCGAGCGCCAGACGCAGGAGGCCCUCAAGCGCAAGAUGGGCGCGGGCGACGGCGACGGGGAAGACGCGGACGAGGCGGACGCGCCUGGCGACGGCGACGGCCCCUCCGUCACCGCCGCCACCCCGGACGACGACGCCGCCGGCGUGGCCAAGACGCUGCAGGCCACGUUGGGCAGCAUCGAGAAGCCCGAGGCGGACGUGGCCAGCCCCCCGGCCGCGAAGCGCACGCCGGCCGCCCCGCCACCGCCCGACGCCCGCGACGCCUCCGACGCCUCCGACGAGGAGGAGCAGCGCACGGCGGAGGCGCUACCGCCGGACACCGUCGUCAGAUUCCGAGGCAGCGUGGGCGAGGUGUGCAGCGUGGCGAGCGCGGCCGGUGCGGCGGCGGGUGGCGGAGCGGUGCGCGGCGCGCGGGAGGCCGCGGCGCCUGUGGCGCGCAGCGGGUUCGCGUGGCCACGCUCCACCUCUCCGGCCCCAGGCCCGCCCAACGCCCCCGCCGCUGGAGCUGCACGUGGCCAACUGGCGCAUGGAGAGCACGUGGCGCGACUCGGAACGACGCACGCCAGCGACGAUGACCGACGAGUUUCUUCGACUGCCAGCCUACCACAUAAUGGUUCCUUUGCCUUUGAUUUUGUAUGCGGUCAAAGUCUCAUGGAGAAAGUUCAGAAGAAUGUGGUGAGUGCUCUAAUUAUUCCCAUCCAUAGCGAAGCAGUAGCCGCUUUUCUCAAGGACUUGGGAGAAUCUUCAUCCCUUGCCAAGUGGAGUUCAUUGGAUCUCCUAACAGAAGAGGAUACGGAUGCUACUACACCUACAGUUCCUGAUAGACAAGAGGACAGCAUCUUCUCUCAUGCAUAUCUACAACGUGUGACAAGUGAUCGUGGGAGACCUAUGGUGUCCACAGUCAGCAUGGACAUUUCCUGCCCUGGCUCUCCUGUGAUGUCAGGAGCCCAUCAAACAACCAGCUGCAAAACAGCUGCCCUUCUCUUUGUGCUGCAUGCUGGUAGUGUGUUAGAUGCAAAUGUGGAUGUAACUGCCAAGAAGUCUGACAUUACCACAUUUCGGGGGGCAUUUGAGUGUGUGAUGAGGCAGCACUACCCUUCUAUGGUGGGGCACAUUGCCAUCAAGUUGGUAUCCUGCCCCUCCAUCUGCACAGAAGCAUUGGGAGUGCUUUCCAGCUUGAGCCCGUACAGCUUUGAUGUAUCUCCAUCUAGUGUGGACUCACCCCAAGUAACUCAUGACUCAAUUCCUAUUGGAGCCAUUCCUCUCUUUGCCUCUUCAUCGCCUGAGUAUCAGGACACUGUGUCUAAAGUAAUAAAUGCUGCCAAUGCAACUUACCAGGAAUUCAUUAGGUCUGAUGAAGGCCAAGGUUUCUGUGGACAGAUUUGUUUCAUAGGUGAUGGUGUUGGCUCUAUCCUUGGUUAUGAUGCCUUGUGCCGCACAGCCCAGUAUCAAUCACGCCAUGACAGUGAGAACAGCAUCCUGGACACAGACACUGGCCAGGAUGAGAAUGUUGAGAACGGUUGCGACAGCCUUCACCCUGGCAAACACCUGACAGCUCCUCAGCCCCGGCGACGCUCUUCCUCCACCAGUGAACAUUCUCAUCACUGCAAAUUAGAAUUUGAAGUAAAUGAAUUUUUUAUGUUUGGAAGUCCCCUUGCUCUUGUGCUUGCGUACCGAAAGAUCUCUUCAACAGAUGACAAAAGUACUCCUAUACCCCGACCACAAGUUCAGCAAGUGUACAACUUAUUCCAUCCAACAGACCCCGUUUCUGCUCGAUUGGAGCCACUUCUCUCAGCUCGAUUUUCAAUGCUGCCUCCAGUAAACAUUGCACGCUAUCAGAAAUACCCUCUGGGUAAUGGACAACCAUACCACCUUUUGGAAUUCAUCCAAGCAAAUCCCCAGAUGUUUGCAGAGGGCCUGAGUGUGGCUUCCCCAACGCCAGGGCAUGUGCGGCGCCUGUCAGAAGUCAGCAUUCAGAGCACUGUCUCUGGAGUCAUUGAUUCACUGCCACUACAGACUAUCAAUGCCUUAACUCAGAAAUGGUGGGGCACCAAGAGAUUAGACUAUGCUUUAUACUGCCCAGAAGGCCUUGCCAACUUUCCCACAAAUGCUCUGCCUCAUCUGUUCCAUGCCAGCUAUUGGGAAUCUUCUGAUGUUAUUGCCUUUAUUCUGAGACAGCUAGGACGCUCCGACCUGCUCCCUGUUUCUGGAGGCGAUGAUAAAGAUAUCCCUUGCUUCAGCCCCAGCCAACCAAGGGAGAAGUGGAUCAGGAAGAGAACAUCAGUGAAGCUGAAGAAUGUGGCUGCCAAUCACCGAGCCAAUGAUGUGAUUGUGGGUGAAGGAGCCCCUCAGCUGCUAAUAGCGAGAUUUAUGUAUGGUCCCCUUGACAUGAUCACUCUCACAGGUGAGAAAGUGGAUAUUCACGUAAUGAAAGAUGCACCAGCUGGAGAAUGGUUGCAUUUAGCCACAGAAGUCACUGAUAAAUCUGGCCGAGUUACAUACAUAAUACCUGAGGAUCAAGCUCUGGGGUACGGAAUGUAUCCCAUCAAAAUGGUUGUGAGGGGUGAUCACACAUCAGUGGACUUCUACAUGGCUGUUGUGCCCCCAAAAACAGAGGUUGUGGUGUUCAGCAUCGAUGGCUCAUUUACAGCUAGUAUGUCUGUAACUGGCAGAGAUCCAAAGGUUCGUGCAGGUGCUGUGGAUAUUGUGAGGCAUUGGCAAGAGUUGGGCUACAUGAUAAUCUACAUUACGGGUCGACCUGAUAUGCAGCAGCAGAAGGUUGUGGCAUGGCUUUCCCAACACAAUUUUCCUCAUGGACUUGUGUCCUUUGCUGAUGGUUUGUCUACAGAUCCUCUGGGCCACAAAGCUGUUUAUUUGAAGAAUCUCAUACAGGAUCACAGUGUGAUUGUUCAUGUGGCAUAUGGAAGCAGCAAAGAUAUUAGUGUGUACACAUCAAUUGGCUUGAAACCCAGACAGAUAUUCAUUGUUGGCAAGGUUUCAAAGAAGCACCAUGCCCUUGCAACAAUAUUAGCAGAUGGUUAUGCUGCUCAUCUCACAACACUUCUGGCCCAUGGGGGCUCACGACCUGCUCAAGGCAAUGCCCGCAUGGUCAUCCCUCGAGGCUACUUUGGGUUACCAGGACAAAAUGCUUCACUUAGGAGACGCAGGUCUGCUAAGCGAGCAACAUCGUAUCCAUUGAUGGGAGGUGUGGGUUGCUUGGAACGCAAUGCUAGUGGCCGCUCACGUCGUUCCCCCCGUGUGCCCUCUGCUUCCUCAGGCAAGCUCUGACAGCUGCGUGGUUUUUCGUUGUGGCGUACUCUUGGUAAAUUUAUUGGUACAAAAAAAUGUGCAGUGCUUAAUGAUGAAACUAAAGAUAUGUUGCAACAUACUUCUAAUCAAGAAGUGUUUUGAGACAUGUACCACCAGAGAUAUUUUUUUAAAAAGUCGCACUAUGUAUAGGACAUGUUUUUAUUGAUUAUGUAGCUAAUAAUUUUCAGUGGCAGUAGAAAGUGCUGCAUUGGUUACAUGUAUAUUUUAUUGUAAACGGAGGUUUCUUGUGGGACCUCCAGUCUUUAAAAAUUCUUCUUAGAGAAGAUAAUGUGAACAAAUGGAUAUUAUGUAUUAUUUUUUAUUUAAUUACUGUUACAAAGUUUUUAAAAUAUGUUCAAAUGAUGCAAUGAAUGAAAAUAAUGACUGCUGUGAUGAUGAAUGGAUGAAAAUCAAUUAAUUUGUAAAAUGUUAUUUGUAUAUAAACAUGACGCUUAUACAUGUAUGUGAAUAUUCAUAGCUAAUGUUCACAUCUUCACCGUUCCUUACAAACUAUUGGGUGUGAUGUAAAGAGUUGAUUUUUUUGUCCUUUGAUGAUGUGUACAUAAUGUAUAGAUUAGUAAAUUGAGUAACCUUGUGUCAAAAAGAGUGAUUAGAAAAGAAAUGUGAAGUAAUAACUCAGCUGACGGAAUGUCCUUCAAAACUCACAAUUCUCUGAUUUUUUAUGGAAAUUUAUUUGAAAUAUCUCGGUAAUAAAAAUUCUUCAUUUCACCAAUUGCACUACUCCAAAAUCAGCUUAAUCACUUUGUAAAAAGUUUUAUUUUUUAUUCCAUAUGGACAAAUUCAUUGUGGACUGUAAAAUACAAAGAAAUUUAUAGUUCUUAAAUCAUGAACCGUAGCUCCUAGUGCAAAGGAAAGAAGCCUUUAUUUCACAGGGAAAGCUUAUCAUUUAUCUUUUCAGUCGAUUUAGACAACAUUUUGCGGGAAAAAAAACAACUUAAUGUAAAGGUACAAUUCAAAAAUGAAAGUGAAUUUUGCUUUGCAUUUGAAGUUCAUCUCUGUAUCUGCCUCAUUCUCUCUCUUAAGUUCAAAUAUUUGUUUUUUAAUGUGUAUUAAACCAGAAAUACCUUGGUUUAUCUCUGUAAUGUAAUUGUAAACUGGAUAUUGAGCUCUCAGAUUUAAAUCCAGUGUUUCCACUUAAAGCUAGUUUACACAAGCAAAUAACUUUAUUCCACAGGGAAGCAAGUGUAAUAAAUAUCACAUUUAAAAUUAUAAAUAAUUAGAUUUUAAUAAAAGAAACUUAUGUUUUGUAAUUUGUGAGAAUUGUAAUUGGUGGAUGAAAAUUUUUUGAUUCUAAAUUAAACAUUAAUAUUUAGACUUUGUGUUCUGCAACUUCGGACAGUUUCAUACUGGAGUAAUGUGUGUACAAAUUUAGUCAAAAUGAAGUUUAAAAAUUGGUAGAAUAUCAACAAAAAAAUGCCAACCAUUCUUCUUUAUCCCACUAAAAUAAUUGAACAAAUUGCACAUCAAAUAAUCUGAUAAACCUAAUGGAUUGCUUUGGUAGACCACCUUGUUAAUCCACUAAAAUGAACUUGGUUUUUGAUAUUAAAAUGCAUGUUCAUAGUAUUAAGAAUUUAGAGAUCUGCCUAUACAUGUCAUUCCAGGGUUGUAUUUUUUGUCCACAAUGAUUGUUGUUUAUUUUUUAAAGCAGAGACGUUUUUAUAGAUUAUUUUCAAGAAAACUAUUUCCUAAAGUUUUAUAAUAGCAGCAUCUGUUGUGACUGCAUAAGUCUAUGUUGAAGUUGUUCAUGUUAUUAUAAAAAAUAUAUAGAUGUUUAUUGUAGAAUAGGUAAAUAUAGAUUUUAAAAUAUGUUCUCCAGAAAACUAGAUGAUAUUUUUUUAGAACUACAACUAAAGCUGUUUAUGUUGGUGACUACAUUGAUAGAAAAUCUAAUUUAAAGUAAUGUGAAAGAUCUGGACAGAAGAUAAAGAAUUAUUACCAUUGCAGAUAUUAGACUGUGAAAGAAAUUGAGAAAAAACAUGUAGUGAAAGUAAGGCAACUGGUAUUGCAUUUUCCCUUAAAAGUCUAGCAUUGUUGAAAUGCAAAUAGAAUUUUCUGUCCAUUUCUCUUGUUUUGCAAAACAAGUGUGCCAGUCACUUGUGCUGUAGUUAAAUGAAAUUAAUGGAGUAUUGUGAUUAAUAAAUUCAGUAUUUAACCCUUUAGAAAUGUGCAUAUUGUAAACAUGUGCCAUGAUUAGCUACAUAAUAUUAUUGUUGCUGUAUUUUUGUUGUUGUUUCUGUUUCAAGUGAGUCUUUUAACAUAUUUAUUUAAUUUGUACUAUUUAAGUAUGUGGUUGUUUUUUUCAGUAUCUGUUUCUGUAUUGUGUACAUUAUCAAAAAUGAUUUAUAGUAUUUAAUUUUUGUGAAGUUUCAGAAAUAUUCCUUUGAUGGUGGCACUAAUUAUCAAUUAUAUUCUGAUUGUAGAGUUGUGGCAAUUUGUGACCCUGAUUAUAGAUUAAUAAUUCAAAAUUGAAAGAUUUAGACAUGGGUAGAAUGUUUGUGUGUUAAAUUUCCAGUCUUGUUUAUAGAAAUCCAGUUUAAAAAUAUUAUGUUUAAAGUAAGGAGAAAAUUCUUGCAAUGUACUUGAUGUUAUACAACACCUAGUCAAACUCUCCUUAAAAAUAAUAUGAAUGAUGCUGAAUAAACAUUGACAAAAAUCUGAUGAUCAUACACAUUGUGUAUGAUUUAUAUAAGUAUUAGUUUAUACUUAACCUGUGCCAAGAGUACAUUGUAGAAUUAUGAAUUUCAGUAUUUGUGGUUAUUUUAUUUCCUAAUUUCUUUUGUAAUUUGUGUCUCAUGACGCAUUUUUAACUACACCAAGACAAGGAUAUUUUGACCUUGGGGCAGUCUGUCCCCAGCAUUGAAGUGAUUUUGUACUUGUGAAUUAAUAUGAAUAUUUUUGCAUGAUACAUAGUUAAAUGAGAAAAUAUUGUCCACUGAUCAAAUUUUCAAGAAAGGUCUGUUAAACUGCAGUAUUGCCAGUGGAAUAUUCACUGCUAGUAUAUUUAAUUAAACAAUUAAUAGUAAAUAGAGUUAUGAAGUCCUUGAAAGAGUUAUAUUUAUUUUCAAGAAGUAGAUUACUUUUUAGUGGUUACGUUCUGUGAAGUUGUUAUAGUCGAUUGAAAAUAAGCAACUUUUAAUUAUGAACAAAAUUCGAACAAAAAGUUUCAAGAAUUUUAUGAUUAUUCAUUUCACAAAAUUGUCAUGGAACUCAUCCAACUAAACAAUAUUUUAGGGCAUGUAAUUUUUAAUUUUCUGUCCAUAUGGAAGCAAAGAAAAGUUUUUCAAUCUCAAGAGACUUUUUUACUGUGUAAGGAUUCAUAUUCUGCAAGUCUUUUUAAGGUUUUGAUGCCAUACUGAUUAACAGUUUGAUUAAAGGCAAUUUGACUUAGAGUUAUUUCCAUAAGCAGCAGAACAGCAGGUUUGUGGUACUAAAUUCAGCACAAAUGUCUUCAAAAUUGUUUUUACAAUAUGAAAAAUACUUCAAAAAUUGUUUAUUAAAGCUAGGCCUUUUAAUGCAUUUUUGAGAUUCAGAAUGAAAUAUUUAUAUAAUAAGAACAUGUUUAAAGUACAUGAAUUUUUUUGUACUGGCAAUUGUAUAAAUUUCAAAUUUUGUUCUAUAUUUGCUAUUGCCUUACAGAGAGUCUACAAUAUUUCAGGAGACUUAUGAACAUUGCAUUCUAAAAUAUAUCUUAAUUCUGCAAACUUUUUUAACUUAGUCUUUCCUUGAGAUUUUACCUUACUUUGUAUAGGACUUUGCAGUGCAAAGAAAGACAAUACUUUCUGCAUUGCAAAUACAGUAGUUGGUUAUUCGUAUUCCCUUGUUAAAAUACAGUUUUAUGGAAGGUAUAAAAUAGAAAACCAGCAAUUCUUUAUUUAUAUAUAAUACACAUACAGUUCUUUUUUACAUUUUGACUUAUUGUGAUGAUGCCCAGAAAUGAUGGAAUAAGUUAUUUAUAGACAAUUUGGUGUGCCAUAUUCUGUUACUAAGAUUAUUUUUGAAACAGUAGUAUUAUGGCAUUGUUUUAUAUCUGCUGGUUUUCCAUUUCCCUCCUCAUUCCACUAGUCAUGAAUGUAAUAAUUUGAACAAAGUUUAAUAAAGAUGUCUGUGUGAAUAUUGUCAUGAUGACAAAAA